CCACCUUAUACUUUAGAAGUACUUGCAAAAAUGGCCGAAACUGAGCCUACCGUUGAGCAGCAGCCGGAGGCCGCUAAGCGCAAUGAUGAGCCCAUUGUUUACGACGAGUCUUUGCUUAUCAUAGUAAAGGGCAAGGUCCAGCAGCCGAAGCAGCCGGACCACACAGAGAGCCGCCUGCUUAUCCAAAAGCUGCAGGCCGAAAUCACAAAGCGCGGGGAUCGCAUUAAGGAGAUCAAGACGUUAGAGGAGCAGCUGCGCAGCAAUGCCAAGGGGUUCUCGUCCGGCAACAAGGAGGUCAUCAGCAAGCUCCGGGAGCUACGGGACCAACGGGCAAACAUCAUCAGGCAAAAAGCUGCCAUCCGCGACGAGCUGAACAACUGCGAUGGCGCACGCGAGUCCAUCCGGGCUGAGAUGCGGUCCAUCCGCGAUAAGAACCGCCUUGUGAACGCGGAGAAGCUCGAGCAGGAGAUUCGGGACCUGGAGUUUAAGCUCGCGCACGAGUCACUGCCGGAGCAGAAGGAGAAGCAGGCUCAGCAGCAGCUGCAGCAGCUCACGGCCGCACGCCCGCUUGCAAAGAAGUUUGCUGAGUUCGAUGCUCGGUUGAAGGAGGAGGAUGGCAACCGGGCGAGCAUCAUCGCCCGCUUGAAGGAGAGCGACGCAGUAAUUGCCACGCUCGAUGGGCAAAUUGCUGCUGCCAGCGCAGUGCUGGACGAGGCGCGAGCAAAGGCGGACUCCCACGCGGCCGAUCUUCCAACGCUGCAGGUGGAGAAGAAGGAGAACUACGAGAUCAUGGUGACGCUGCGCGCCAAGAUCGACGAGCUGCGCAAACAGAACGACGCCGAGUACCAGGAGUUCGUCAAGCGGGACCGGGCGUACAAGGGCUGGAAGCGCGACCAGGGCCGCAAGAAGUACGAGGAGCGGCAAAAGGAGCGCGAGGAGCGCGACCGGCAGCGGCAGGAGGAGAACAAAGUCAUCCUGGGCGAGACCGUUUCGGAGCCGUACAGCAACGAGAUCUUCACCUGCGACCAGCUGCUGACCUACCUCCGCUCCUUCACCGCCGUCAAGGAGGAGGUGAAGGAGGAGGUGAAGGCGGUGGAGGUCCCCGCGGGCCUGAAGCCCUUCAAGCGGGCCGAGGUGGUGGAUGAGAUGUUCACCGGGGUGCCCAAGAAGGUGCCGCAGGGCAAGGGAGCGAAGGGUGCUGCCGCUGCCGCCGCCGCACCCGCCAAGCCGGCCGAGCCGCCCAAGCCCAAGGUGCAGAAGCUGAACCACUUGCUCGACAUGCUCAAGGUCUUCCUGCAGCUGCAGGUGGAGCCCCCCACCAGCACCAGCGCCAUCCCCGCCACCAUCGAGGCGGUGGAGGCGCGCAAGGCCCACUACAAGGAGAAGCAGGAGGAGGCCAAGCGGGCACCGCCGCCGCCCGCACCGGCACCUGCCGCCGCCGCUGCUGCCAACGGGCGGCAAGAGGAGGCUGCCGAGGAGGCGGAGGAGGAGCCCGCCAGCACCCCCGAGCAGGAGGGCGAGCAGGAGGAGGCCGCAGCACCGCAGGAGCCCGAGCCCGCUGCCGCCUCUUCCACUGAGGCUCCGGAGGCUGAGGCCCCUGCCGCUGAGGCCGCCGCGCCGGCUGAGGCCCAGGCCCAGGCCCCAGAGGCUGAGGCGAAGCAGGAGGAGGAGGAGCCCGCUGCCCCGGAGGCGGCUCCCGCGCCGGCAGCUGAGGAGCCGGCUGCUGAGAGCGGGGAAGCUGCUGCGGCGGCCGCGGAUGAGGAGGCGGCCUCGCCGAGUGAGGGUGUGGAUGUGAAGGUGAAGGUGGAGGGCGAGAAGGUGUCCGUCUCCCUGCGCACCUCCGCGUAAGGCGCACCAAGGCACCAUAGACAGUGGAGGCGGGUCGUCGUAACACCGUCUGGAUUGUGGACGCGUCGGCAGGGUAUUAACCGUACAGGUCUCCCGGCAUGUCCUAUAAGAGAAUGUGUACCGUACGGCACUUUAGGGAUCGGCGUAUGGUUUUUCCGUGCCAUGGCUUGGCCGCUGGUGUUCAAUUGAGAGUGAUGAGGGCCCCGCAGAAGCGCGCACGCCAGGCUAGUUGGAGGUGCUGUUUGGGGGGAAUUGGGCAGAAUUGGGGCCACGAUUUUAGGUAUGCUAGGGCGUCUGUGAGGCGUUAAGAGUGCAGCUAGGGACAUGCUUCUAAUGCGUCUGUAGUUGGGCGCGCCUAAUGCUUUGGAAUGCCGCUGAUAGCUAGUAAACAUCUUAAGCUUCGUGGCGCGGGUGUUGGCAUGUUGGGUUUCCUACGCAGAUCUCGGCGUGUGGGGUGUACGUUUCACAGGGGUUCCUUCCCCUGCGUGGAAUUGUUGUUGGUAUGGUUCGGCAGCGGGGGGCAUAAAGGAUAAAACGCGGUGGAUGUGAGAGGGAAUGCAACAUUUACAGCGGCAACCAUGCAGUUGAUUGCUACACAGCAUGUAACGGAUCCGAGCCUGACAACGCUCAGUGAUGGGCUAGGGAUUGGGUAGGGCUCCGCAUUCAACGCUUGACAGCAGGCACG